UCAUCAGUGGUUUCUCAGUCGAUGAAGUCAAUCGGAGGGAGAAAGGAGACACAGCAGAUAAUCGGAUGGACAGAUAACGACGAAAAUGAAAAUGCAAGGACCUGGAGAGAGCCCCAUGCCUAUCUCUGAUAACUGCCCUCAGAAGUGCUUGUUAUCGUCGACAUAGCCGGACACAAUCGUAUUGCUGAUCUGAUAGCGUUCUCUAAACCGCCCUCUUUUUGUUGGCGUCUACUGCACACACCGCCCGCUCGUCAGCAUGUCUCUCCGAUGCGCUCAUAUCUUGGCUUUUUUCAUCGUUAACCUGGAUUCACCCUUGACCCAGGCUGCUGUUUUCAGGAUUAGCAAAGGCGAAUGGAAGUCCUACGAGCCCCUGAGCAUAAAGGCGAAUCUUGGAAACGCGACGAUUCUUGACAAGAAGCCAAAGCAAGAUUCGAAACAAAUUUCACCUGAUAAUAAGCCUCUGGUUAUUGCAAUAUCAACCAUCGUGGGCGUUAUACUCCUGUGCAUCGUUGUCUUCUUGGUGUGGUAUUUGUGGAAGUGGAGAAAAGUUAAGGAGGCAGAAAAGCAGACACUCGACCGCACUUCCACGGUCACUUACCAUCGCUACAGUUCGUCCAUCGAGCACCUCCCUGGAAGCUCGGACGUGAAGAAGCCAGACCAGGAAGCCGUCUCGGCCUACGGUCCUUCGGGAUACAAGUACAACCCCCCGCAGCGCUUCGAGAAGUACACGCCGAAGGAGAGGAGGGCCUCGAACAGACGUCGUUCUCCGCCUCGCCCCUCCCGCCAGCGCAGGAAUAGCGACCCUCACAUGACCUGGUCGAGGGCGAGGGAUCUGGGUCUUCCGGAAAGUGGGUGGCAGGUCAGCAAGGAUCCCCAUGCAAAGAGGGAGAUAAGGGGACGACGGCCAUACCGACGCAGUAUCAUGAGCGACAUCGGGCCAGCAUACAGCGGGCCACACAGACGACAUGACGCGCAGGACACCUCUGUUUCGAGGAGGGCCUCGAACAGACGUUCUCCGCCUCGCCCCUCCCGCCAGCGCAGGUUCAGCGACCCUGACAUGACCUGGACGAGCGCGAGGGAGCUGGAUCAUCAACCGAUGUGGGAGGCAAGGGGACGACGCCCAAACCGACGCAGCAUCAUGAGCGACCUCGGGCCAGCAUACAGCGGGCCACACAAACGGCAUGCCUCGCAGGACGCCCCACUCUGGUACGAGAGGCUGUCCCGCCCGCCCGACUACUACUCCAGAGAGGCCAUGGCGCGUAGCAGGAGGCCAGAGCCUUCUUGGCACAGCGAAUACGAUUUCCCUCAGCGGUCAAGGCGUAGAAGUUCGCCCCCGUACGGAAGAUACAACGAGAAUUAGCAGGUUAACGUUGGCGACUUUGGACUCGUGUCGGCUUUGAUAUUACGUGUUCUCUCGGGGAACUGAUAAGAGACGGAGAGACGGGAAGACAGAAAUAUGUAUCACCUCGAUCUAAAGCUUUCUUCCCUUCCUCUCCUUCUGUGUGUGUGUCUGUCUGUCUCUCUCUCUCCUUACGCGCACACACACACACACACACACACACACACACACACACACA